CUCGGCCAUUUUAACCUCACCGGCGAACCCGAACCGAGGGAGAGUGGGACGAGUUGAAGAUGAGUGAGCAGGCUAUUUCCUUCGCGAAGGACUUUCUGGCUGGCGGCAUCGCCGCAGCCAUCUCCAAGACAGCUGUAGCUCCCAUCGAGAGAGUCAAGCUUCUGCUGCAGGUGCAACAUGCCAGCAGACAGAUCACCGCCGACAAGCACUACAAGGGCAUCAUGGACUGCGUGGUCCGUAUCCCCAAAGAGCAGGGCUUCGUCUCGUUUUGGAGAGGGAACCUGGCCAACGUCAUCCGAUACUUCCCCACUCAGGCCCUCAACUUUGCUUUCAAGGACAAGUACAAGAAGAUCUUCCUGGAUGGCGUGGACAAGCGCAAACAGUUCUGGAGGUACUUCGCCGGUAACCUGGCGUCCGGCGGCGCUGCCGGAGCCACCUCUCUCUGUUUCGUCUACCCACUCGACUUCGCCAGAACGCGCUUGGCGGCUGACGUCGGCAAAGCCGGAGCCGAGCGCGAGUUCUCGGGCUUGGGUAACUGCUUGAAGAAGAUCUUCAAGUCUGACGGCCUCAAGGGUCUGUACCAGGGCUUCAACGUUUCAGUACAAGGCAUCAUCAUCUACAGAGCUGCUUACUUUGGCGUCUACGACACCGCAAAGGGCAUGCUCCCCGACCCCAAGAACACGCACAUUUUUGUCAGCUGGAUGAUUGCUCAGUCUGUGACCGCCGUCGCUGGUCUUGUGUCCUACCCCUUCGACACCGUCCGUCGUCGUAUGAUGAUGCAGUCUGGCCGCAAAGGAGCUGACAUCAUGUACACCGGCACCAUUGACUGCUGGAAGAAGAUUGCACGUGACGAGGGCAGCAAGGCCUUCUUCAAAGGAGCGUGGUCUAACGUACUCAGGGGCAUGGGCGGUGCCUUCGUGCUCGUCAUAUACGACGAGCUUAAGAAAGUCAUCUAAAGUAGUCGGGGGGGUUUUUUUGUAUGUCCACUGUUCAUGUUGUGAAGUUCUGUAAAAUAUGUACAUUUGGAUGCAGCAGCAGUUCUAUAUUUAUAGGGACCAACUAGUAUUUUUACUAGUUGUACUGGGGGGGGGAGAAACACUGUUAUGCACUGUAUUUUUGGCCAAUGCUUGUUCUUUUGUUUUGCCCCUUUACCAGAAUGUCAUUCCCUGAACACAGGAACAUGAAGGAAAUGGAAGAGAAAAUAAAGGCAAACUACUGAGUGAA